UGAUGUUAUCUGUCACAUAUUAUCGUCUGACUGACAUCAUUGUAUCCCCUAGUCUAUAAUACAUUACCGAAAAUGUUGGGUGGGGUCCUUGAACGACGAGCCACUUCUAAAUGACCCUGUCAAUUUCCGGUCAUGGCUUCAGAGUUUUUGUCCGUAGCGGCAUUUCUUUCGCUGUUCUGGGGACUACUGUUCAGUCUAAAUUUCUUCAUAAAGCGGUCGAAUCUCAGAACUAAAUACGAGCGAUUCUUGGCCAUAUUUGGAAUAACCGUUGCCUUGGGACACGUGAAGAUUUUCACUACAAGCCUGAACAGAUUUUUUGCCAGAUGUUCUAAGUGUUGUCCCAGGUGGCAGCGGAAAUGGUUCUGUGUCGGUGCCAUAUUUGGACUAGUAGCAAUGGUCUCAUCAGUAGUGAUUUUGAUACUGUCCUUAUGGAAUACGUUCACAAUUGAGAGAGAUAAAAAACAACAAGAGCCGCACCAAAAACUGACUAUGGUAGUUCCUGGACUGAACCUUCCAAGUUCGCAAAUAGUAUACAUGGUGUUGGCUCUGUUGCUGAGUGCCGUGUUACAUGAGGCAGGCCAUGCAGUCUGUGCAAUAGGCGAAGGUGUCAAACUCAAUGGGUUCGGACUGUUUCUCAUGCUCGUAUAUCCAGGGGCAUUCGUGGACCUGGACACAGAAUCCCUGCUGAAUAAACAGCCAGUGCAGCAACUCAGGAUAUACUGUGCUGGUGUAUGGCACAAUUUCGUAAUCCUUGCAAUCACCUACAUGCUAAUGACAUACCUACCCGCCAUUCUGUCUCCCCUGUACAUCAGUGGCCAAGGAGUCAUGGUCCGUAAUGUAGAUCCCAACUCACCUCUUUACAGUCCAGUUUCAUUCCCAGUGGGAACCGUGGUUACGGAUAUCAACAGGUGUCCAGUGACUGACUCGGUUUCAUUCUGGUCUUGCAUACAUUCCGUGUACUCGGAGGACCCGAAUGGAUUUUGUGUGGAUCUAUCUGUCAUAGAAGAUACGAAAAGGCCUGAACAAAUGGUCAAAUAUGCGGACACAACUGUCCCGGUGGAGUGCUGUUCACCUGACAACACAGGGGAUCUGUGUUUCCACUUCGAUACCCCCACCUGGUCUAUGUCUGCCGAGGAACUCAUCUUCUCUCCCCCCGAGAAGAGACAUAAGAAUAAUUUCAGAUGCCUCAAUGCACGCAAGGUGGUGGAAAACCCAGAGUGCACUGACAACAGGGACUGCUACUUAUUCUAUGGCGAAUACUCCCGAUGUCUGUUACCUUCACAAGCCAAUCAGUCUCGGCUCCUCAGAGUGUCUCAUUCGGAAGGCGACGAGCUUCUCUACAUUGGAGACAUGUUUGUUUUCUCGUAUGCGCUUGCAUUAGGAAACUUCGUCCCUGUUCUGCCGAUGCUACCUCAAACACUGCCGGAUAUGAUCUUGAAUCUUCUCAAUUAUCUAUCCUCAUUUUCAGCUGCACUGGCGCUUCUAAACGCUGUUCCAUGUUACACUCUUGACGGCCAGUGGAUAUUCUCAGCUAUGAUGGAAUUUAUUGCAAUUGUUUUCAAAAUAGACCCUUCCGAUAAGGAGAGCAUCAAAGUGGUCGUGCUAUCCUUUGGAACUCUUCUCUUAGUUGCGAAUGUUUGCGUCGCUUUUAAUAAUUCUAUUUUGCACCUUGGUGGUUAGAGAGUCCUUUUUGGCUCGAGUCUGUUUUUCACUAUUUCUGUGCUUUCUUUAUAUAUCAUUUGUUAGAACACUUAUAGGGUAUUCUUUUAAUUUUAUAGUUCAGUAUCCGCUUUUACAGUACUGAGUAUCAGAAAUAUAUUAUCU